AUGACUGUAAUGCUCACUCACACAAAGUCCACCGUAUAUUUAUACACCACGGGGAAUCGCCUUCUUCCAUCCGUUCCCGCUUAGCAGUACAGAAUUUCACGCGACGAACGAACCAGGCGGUCAGGCAUUUUAUCUUCUUAUCUCUGUUUUCGCUAAGGCUAACGCUAACCCUAGAAUCCGAAGUUGUUCGAACGGAAGUUAGGGAGUGAGGUUGAAUCCAGUGUCACACGAAUGUUUUUACUAACGCGGUACAAUAUUAAGAGGAUACCUACUUGUAUAAGGCACGCAUUACACACGCAUGUGAUUUAAUACCGAGUGUUGCGCGUGGAGGAGAGUGUAAACAGAUCGAAAAUGUACAAGAACGAAGUGUUCGAGGCGGAGGACUUACUCACCAAAAACAGAAAUGUUGUGGAAGGCAGACCGAAGAAGAGAUUAUGUUGCAAGAUACCGGUCAGGUUUUGGAUAGGAUGCAUGGUAUUUUUGACAACGUACAUUAAUUAUACGACUAGAGUGAACAUGUCAAUCAGUAUUGUUUCUAUGACUAUGGGAAAAACCAAAGGAGUCCCUGAAUGUAAGAGAGAAGAUAUAAAACCCGUUACAGAAGGGGGAUCAACGACAACAGCUAAGCCUCUGCCAGAUUACGGACCACGUUAUGGGUGGGAUGAGAACGUCCAGGGUACCAUAUUGGGUUCAUAUUUCUGGGGGUACGUCAUCACAUCGUUGCCUGGUGGGUUCAUAGCAGAAUGGUUAGGCCCGUUCAAAACGGUAUUCUGGGCACACGUCGUCACAGCGGUGAUGAACGCGGCGUGCGUCUUCGCCCCUGGUCUCCAUUGGGGAGUCCUGGUGUUCUGCAGGUUCGUCAUAGGACUCUGUGCGGGUCCGAUAUAUCCAGCCCUGCAGUGUUUGAUAGCCAGAUGGGCGCCCCCAGCGGAAAAAGGAAAAUUCGUCGGCGCUCUCAUGGGCAAUACGCUUGGCACGUGCGUCACCUGGCCUUUUGUCGGCGCCAUAACGCAAGCGUUUGGGUGGGACUGGGGCUUCUAUACAAUGACCAUUCAGAUGGCGGUGUUCCUUAUAAUAUUCUGGAUAAUAACAGCGGACAGUCCGGCCGACCACAGGUGGAUCAGUGAAGAAGAGAAAAACUACAUAGCAGAAUCCCAAGGCGGAUCGGUUACCAAGACGAAGGCCAUACCGCCGUACGUCUCCAUAUUCACAUCUAUACCAUUCUGGGCCCUCCAGGUCUUACAUUUCGGCAACCUGUGGGGACUCUACCUCCAAAUUACCGGCGCUCCCAAGUUCAUGAGUGAAGUGGUGGGCUUCGACUUGAAGUCGGCGGGUGGACUUGCGGCCUUGCCGCAUCUGCUAAGGAUGUUCCUCGGCAUGGGCUUCGGAUCAAUCGGCGAUUUCCUAAAGAAGAGGGAGGUGUCUACCAAAUUUAUAAGGAAAUUCUUCGUUUUGUUCUCCCAUAUCCUCCCAGGAGUCCUGAUGAUAGGUAUUAGUUUCGUCGGCUGUAAGUGGAUACCAAUAGUUGCAUUGUUGAUACUCAGUCAAGCUAUAAACGGCGCGGCUGUCUUGACGAACCUGUCGAAUCCUCAAGAUCUAGCACCUAAUUUUGCCGGGACGAUAUUCGGUAUAAUCAGUUUCAUCGGCGGAAUGACUGGUUUCAUAGUUCCUCAAAUCACAGGAGUUCUAACGAAUGAGAAUAACGGAGUCAAAGAAUGGGGAUGGGCUUUUAUAAUUGGCGGUUGUGCAUAUAUCUUUUGUGGAUUGUUCUUUAUAAUAUUCGGCAAAGUUGAGAAGCAGCCAUGGAACGAGAAGAAAGCUGAUACUGAAAAACCAGAAACAUCUACUUAGAUUAUUGUACAUAAUUAGUUUUUUUUGUCUGUGAUCGUAUAAGCUAUAACUAGAGAAAGGAUUCCAGUUAUUCAUGCUAAAACCAGGAUUAGCUUCAGGUACCAUGCCAAUGGAUACCUACUUAAUAUACUCUAUUGGGAUGUUUUUGCAUUUAAAGUAAAAUGAUGUUAUAGCACUAUGAUGAAUUUCAUUGACGGUAAGGAAUAACACGAGGCAACUGUUUUCCUAACACAAGUUUUUUAUUUAUAUAAAUUAAAGUUCUGUUUUUCGCCGUUAAAUUACAGGUAAUAUAUCUUCUCUAAAAAUAAGAUUUUUGAUGUACUGUAAAUUAAUCUGUUCGUUUAUUUACACUUAAGAUUCUAGCAACAAGAGGCAAAUUUUGCCGAUAAUGCAGUUGAACUGAAUACCUGUAAUCCACUAUCUCUUUAAAUACUAAAUAAAUUUUAUUUUUAAUAAAUACUGAAAAUAA